UUAUGCAUCCGCUUUUAGAGCGGAUUGAACUGGCAAAUUGCGUUAAUUACGACUUGCUUGUAACAUAUCUAACACAAAAACAAUUAUAUUCGAUUUUUUUUUUUAAUAAGACGGCUCUAUAUGGUUGUAAAGACGUAUACGACGUGAUAUUGUGUGAAAUGGCAGCUGCUUACACCCUUUGAAGUGAAUUUCCUAUGAUCGUUUCCUUUUGAAUUUGGGCGAGUGCAUUGAGAUUGAGGGGCGCCUGCUGUCCAUAGAAGCAAGAAAAAGCCUAAUGUUUUCGCAAAGCCAGGAGGAACACUGCGGCCCGACUAAAGACCCAAUAAAAUACGGAGAGCUGGUAGUAUUAGGGUACAAUGGCUCCCUCCCAAACGGAGACCGGGGCAGAAGGAAAAGCCGCUUUGCCCUGUACAAGAGAAGCAAAGCCAAUGGUGUUAAACCCAGCACCGUCCAUAUCCUCAACACGCCACAAGCCAGCAAGGCGGUGAACUGCAAAGUGCAGCACAGUAUUUCCUACACUCUGUCCAGGAACCAGACCGUAGUGGUAGAGUACUGCCAUGACAAAGACACAGACAUGUUUCAGAUUGGCCGCUCCACAGAAAGCCCCAUAGACUUUGUGGUGACGGACACUGUGUCUGGGAGUCAGGAGGGAGAAGAGACGCCCAUCACCCAGAGCACCAUCUCUCGCUUUGCCUGCCGUGUCGUCUGUGAGCGGGUCCUGCCCUAUACCGCACGCAUCUACGCUGCUGGCUUUGACUCCUCCAAGAACAUCUUCCUGGGGGAAAAAGCCGCCAAGUGGAAGAACCCGGAUGGUCACAUGGACGGGCUGACGACCAAUGGCGUGCUGGUGAUGCACCCCAGGGGUGGUUUCACGGAGGAGUCCAAGCCGGGUGUAUGGAGAGAGAUCUCUGUGUGUGGGGAUGUUUACACCCUUAGAGAGACCCGCUCUGCUCAGACCCGUGGCAAACUGGUGGAGUGUGAGAGCAACGUGCUGCAGGACGGAUCCUUGGUAGACCUGUGUGGAGCCACCCUGCUGUGGCGCACAGCUGACGGCCUCUUCCACACGCCUACCCAGAAGCACCUGGAGGCCCUGCGGCAGGAAAUCAACGCAGCACGGCCCCAGUGCCCUGUGGGCCUCAACACCCUGGCCUUCCCCAGUAUGCAGCGCAGCCGCGCCCUCUCCUCCCUGGAGGACAAGCAGCCCUGGGUCUACCUGGCCUGUGGCCAUGUACACGGUUACCACAACUGGGGCCAUCGCUCGGAGCAGGAGCCCAACGCCCAGCGGGAAUGCCCCAUGUGCCGGACCGUGGGCCCGUACGUGCCGCUGUGGCUGGGCUGCGAGCCCGCCUUCUACGUGGACGUGGGCGCCCCCACACAUGCUUUUGUGCCGUGCGGACAUGUGUGCUCGGAGAAGUCGGCAAAGUACUGGGCCGAGAUCCCUCUGCCCCAUGGCACCCACGCCUUCCACGCCGCAUGCCCAUUCUGUGCCACCCAGCUCAGCCUCACUCAGGGCUAUGCCAAGCUCAUCUUCCAGGGCCCCAUCGACUAAGCUGGGGGACCUUGGGCUGGGAGAAGGGAUGAAGCAGGAGGGCCAACAUGCUGUGAAACUGUUCAGACUAUUUAGUGCUCUUAAGUUGUUUUUAUUCACCGGACUGUAAAGAUCCCAAAGCUGAUGGUGUACUACAAGUGUUCCAAAUUUCAGUGGCAAUUGGCCUGAAGGCAGUGGUCCAUCACAGUGUUUGGUUUGGGCUUCUGGUCCUCUGGAUGAACACCGUGGUGUACACAGAGACGUGGAGCACAGUGGACCUAAGGCACAACCACAGAAAUCCAACAUACUCUUCAGCUGCCAGCCAUCAGCUUUCAACUGAGCUAACUCUCUGGACUGUGCAAGCUAAAAUGACUGCUCAGUUCAAGUAAAAGGGCUACAGAACGGGUCGCUGGAGUACAUUUUGUCCCCAUGUUAUUGGUCAUAAACUCCAAACGGAUUACAAAGAGCAGAUUGGGUGGGGGUUCACGGUCUGAUUCUGAGGUGCAUGAUUUUCACAGAGCCAAGACAGCUGGACUGUUGUCUGGGAGGACGACCGAGCCAGCGAGGUUCAUAAAUGACUAGUUAAGUUCUCCCCAUUGGCUCCUCAGCCCUGAUCCGAUCUGCAAAGCUUUCCAGAACAUUUAGCCUUUCCAGAGGUGAGCUGAACUCUGCUCAUGAAUUCAGGGAACAGAUCUUUAAAGAAAACACGUUUUUCUCUCCUCUUGUACAGAGAUGUAUUCCAGUGCCUGGGGCUCCCAGUAAAACUCUGGGAAUAUUUUUACUAGAUAAAACAAAAUUAUAAUAAUUGUUAAUGGAGGGAGAUAAUUGUGCAUACUAUAAAGAAAUGUAACCCACAUUGAUUAUUUUCCACCUUUUUAUUCUUAAGAAGUAUUUUACUACGCUGAGGCCCUUGUACAGUUUUCUAAUGAAAAUGUUAAUAUAUUUUUCUCUAUUGUAACUAUUGGGUGCAUGUGGGCUGGAUCACGCGGGUGUGUUUGAAUGUGCCAACACUGGCUCAUACUGAGACAUAAGUCCCUUAUUUUUUAUGACGUUACCAACAACAGGCAACAACAGGCCGCUGGCUUCAACCUUGUGGGCCAUGACAAUGAAUGUAUUCAAAUACAUAUUGUCCUCACCAUUGGUGCUUUAGCCUUAAUUAUGCCAUUGUUUUACUGAAUGGCUGGUUUUUUAAAAUGUACUGUAAAACCUGGGUGUCUCAUAUCAGUAAGGCCUUCAUCUCCAGUGCAAGUUAUUAGCUUUUUGAAGUGUAACUCACUCAGUCACACAUCCACUCUCACCUGCGAGCUGUCUUUGGACUUGUCCCACACUCCAAUACUGUUUUCAAUGUGCACUUUUGAAUUUGUAGCUUUAUCUAAUGCUGGGUUUUAUCCAAUAAUUUGUACACUUCCAAACCUGGGCACAGUCACUGCAGCAUGGAUCAUACCAAUUACCAAAUAUAAAAAGAGUUUUCUCUGUGAUGCUUCCUGCAGCCCAAAGUGUUAUUGUUAACAAACUAAAAACCAAACUGCUAUUGUAGAAUAAAAAAACUGUUCUGGAUGACAACCAAAGCUGUUUGAGUAUACUCGGUCUCACAAGGAUAUUAUCAUGUGCAAUGCCCAAUUUAGCAAAUAAAAUUGUGGAGAUGGA